AUGUUUCGCGCAGCCGCCACACGUUCUGGCCUGUUCAGAAUGUACAGCACGUCGUCAGCCAUCACGGUGCCGUCCGUUAUGCGCGCCGUUACCAUUGAAAAUGGCAAGGGCCCCUCGAGUGCUCUUCGCAUCGAACAGGUGCCCACGCCCACUCUCUCGGCGGAAGACACCACGCCGUACGUCCUCGUCAAAGUGCGUGCCUUUGGUCUGAAUCGCAUGGACUUGAUGCAGCGCGAGGGCCAGUAUCCGAUCCCACCUGGUGCGUCCCCGAUUAUGGGUGUAGAAUUCAGUGGCGAGGUCGCUGCGCUCGCGCAACAUGGGGCCCCUGAUCUGAACCUGGGAGAUGCCGUCUUUGGUUUGGCCCACGGCGGCGCCUAUGCCGAGUACAUACGAGUGCCAGCCUCAAUGAUUUGGAAGAAGGAUGCUGUCAUGAGUUGGGAACAGGCAGCUGCCGUGCCCGAAGCGUACAUUACGGCGCUUCAAGCUCUGCACACAUUGUCGAAUCUCAACAAGGGCGAGGACGUGCUGAUCCAUGCAGGUGCCUCUGGUGUUGGCCUCGCUGCGAUCCAGUUAGCCAAGUACCUCGGCGCACGAAACGUCUACGUCACGGCCGGGACGACCGAAAAGAUUGCGCGGUGUAAACAACUUGGAGCCACGGACGGUUUCAACUACAAGACACAGGACUGGGCGGCUGAGCUGAAGCGCGUCACGGAAGGCAAAGGCGUCGAUGUGAUCAUGGACUUUAUCGGUGCUGCAUACUUCAACAACAACCUCGCGUCGCUUCGUCUAGACGGACGAAUGACGAUGCAAGCCUUUUUAGGUGGGAUCAAGCUGCCGGAAGGCGUCAACAUCGCGCCCAUGCUCACGAGGCGUCUGCGCAUCGAGGGAAGCACGCUUCGCAGCCGCACCGUCGAGUACCAGGCUCAGCAAGCACAUGCAUUUGAGCGUUUGGGAUGCAUCGAUGCCUUACUCCGAGGUGUGCGUGGUGACACGAGUCACAAUGCGCUGCAGAUCAUCCUGCACAAAGUGUGGGACUGGCAUGAGAUCAAAGAGGCACACGAUUACAUGGCGGCGAAUCAGAACAUCGGCAAAAUGGUCGCAGUGAUUUCGUAA